CGCGGACAGGUUUGGAUGUUAUUACCGGGAGGAGAAGCUCCGGGGCUCCGGUACAAUGACUGCUACUAAAGAAGACCCAAGCAAGAAGAAGGCGAAGGAGUCGCAGGAUGAGGAGUUUGUGGAUGUCAGCCCUCAGGAGAGGAACUGGAAGGGCAUCGCCAUCUCUCUGCUGGUGAUCGUGGCCGUGUGCUCGCUCAUCACCAUGUCCGUGGUCGUCCUCACGCCCGCUGAGCUCCCAGGAAACAACAAGUCCAGGCUGACUGCAGCGGAUCUUUACAAACCAGAGUUCAGCGUCCACAACCCCGAGGCCACGUGGAUCAGCGGGUGUUUCCCCGUUAAGGUGGCAGUUGAAUCAUCAUGCAGGAAGUGUCUGCAGAGAGCCAGAGAUGGAGGUGAUGGAGCUCAGGAGGAGGAGAGGACAGCGCGACAUUGUGAGGAGAGUGAUGGUGAUGUAACGGAGGAGAAGGGAAACAGUGCCUUUGAGAAGGAAACGGCCUUCAAGGCGGUGAAGUACUCGCUCUCUGCAGAUCUGAUGUACGCGCUCUUCGCUUACGAUGUCAAACAGACAUACAGAUAUUCCUACACGGCUUCUUACAUCGUGUACAACAUCUACACCAGGGAGGUGUGGGAGCUGAAUCCUCCGGAGGUGCACAACGCGGUGCUCCAACACGCAGCCUGGGGAAAACAAGCACGGCAGCUGAUCUUCAUCUUUGAGAACAACAUCUACUACCAGUCUGAUGUGAGGAGUACCUCUCUGAGGAUCACCUCCUCUGGGCAGGAGGGGGUGGUCUACAACGGGCUGGCCGACUGGCUCUACGAAGCUUGGAUUGAUUUCUACGUCACCAUGGUGAAGUGGAUCAGUAAUACUCACCUGGCAGUUCGGUGGGUCAACCGCUCCCAGAAUGCAUCACUGCUCACGGUAUGCGAAGCCACCAUCGGAGUCUGCGUCCAGAGACACGAAGACUCUUCAGGGACAUGGCUGUCCUUUCAGGGACAGGAGCCGCUGUUCUCCAAGGACAGGAGCCGCUUCUUCCUCUCUCUGCCUGUGAAACAAGGAGGGCAGGGAGACUUCAACCACAUCACCAUGUUCACUAAGAAGCUACGAAGUGACAAGGACGAAGUUCGGCACCUAACGUCAGGAGACUGGGAGGUGACCAAAAUCGUAGCUUACGAUGAAAACAACCAGAUAAUAUACUUCCUGAGCACGGAGCCCUCUGCACAACAGAGACACUUGUACAGCGUGUCCACCCUCGGCCUGUUCCCUCGCCGCUGCGUCACCUGUGGACUGAAGGACGAGUGUUCCUUUUUUGACGCUGAGGUCAGCCCCGAUGCACAGCACGCCGUCCUGCACUGCAAAGUUCUCAGCGGCAGCUCUCCGGGGGGGCAGGGGGUCACGGAUGAGUUCAGGCUGGACUGGUACCUGGGGCUGGUGGGGUCAGAACAGGUCAUUGUAGCACGACUGGACGGCAGGGGGUCAGGGUUCAGAGGUCAAAGGGUUUUGCAGCAGGUCCACCAGAGGCUCGGCACGGUGGACAAAGACGACCAGAUAGCCGCUCUGCAGUACCUGGUGAAGCUGCCGUUCAUUGAUCCCGCUCGAGUGGGAGUCUUCGGAGAGGAUUACGGGGGCUACCUGGCGCUGAUGAUGCUGAAGUCCACAGAGAACCUGAUCCAGUGUGCAGCAGUGCAGGCGCCCAUCACUGACUGGUCCUUGUACGCUUCGACGGUUUCCGAGAGAUACCUUGGCUCACCUUGGACUGAGGAGAACAAAUACCAAGCUUCUAACGUCCUGACCAACAUGAAAAGUCUGCAGGGAGCGACUCUGUUUCUGGCUCAUGGCACUGCUGACGCAAACGUUCACUUUCAGCACUCUGCGGAGCUCAUCAAACACUUAAUAAAGAUCGGGGCCAACUAUACCAUGCAGAUUUACCCAGACGAGGGACACUUCCUGUCGAGGCGCAGCCAGAUUCAGCUGACUCACGCCCUGAUUGGUUACUUCAGAGGCUGUCUGCUCGACGCAUCAUUACUCAGCCAACUAAAGAGCGAUGACUGAGAGGGAACAUGGUGCGUGUGUGUGUGUGUGUGUGUGUGUGUGUGUGUGUGUGUGUGUGUGUGUGUGUGUGUGUGUGUGUGUGUGUGUGUGUGUUUUUAUACUUGUAGCUUGAUGGACAAAACACGCUUCUUCUCAACAUAUCAGAUAUAGUUUCUGUCGCUCAUCACCUCAGUGGAACAAAGCUCCUACAGUCACGUUACGUUUCAAAAGUUAUUUUUGUUUUAUUGCACCUUUUUCAAAGUCAACAAACUCUUAUGGUGAUUUGGAGGACCAGUUGAUAACACAAGUCAUUUGUUUCAAUGCCAAUGCACUCUCUAAACCCUGAAAUGCUUCUUUUAAAAUAUUGUAAAGUUAGAACAAAUGUGGCUUCAGAUCUCAAGUAUUUCUGUUAAUGAAUAUUUAUGACUAAAUACGCAAAAGGCUGGAGGAAUACAUCAUUAUCUAUGUACAGUGUAACACUUUUAAAAACGUGUCAGUAUUAUCUGAGAUUUAUAUUUGAUUGAAUUAUCAUUUCAUAACAGCUUUUCUUUGGUUAGCCUGAAAUAGUGACUUUUGUAUUGUCCCAUAGCACAAAAUGUUCACUUUCGAUUAGCUUAAUGAUAUUGUUGAUGAAUGCUCUGACGUUUUAAAUGUUUUCCAUACAUAGACUUUACAAAGAAAUGUCAUCUUUUCUGCAAACAUCAUAUGUACCAUUUCCUUUUCUAUGGUUUUAUAUUUUCUACUGCUCCAAAUGGGUUUGACGACCUUAUGUUGCUUUAAAUCCUUGGCUGAUUAAAUAUUAUUUUUGUUUUCUAUACUUAAUCUGAAACUGAUGUUCUAAUUUAUAAAUUCAAAUCUCUCUGGAUGAAUUACAACAAGUGCAAUUGCUCUCCACUUGUGCAUUUCCGGCUGCUUAUCCUUUACGUAUUGCAAUAAAAGGCUCCUUAAGUAAUACGGCAUCACAAAGCCAUAACAAGAGAGACACAAAUCACAGUGAGGAACGUCCUCCAUGCUGUUAUAGAUUUUAGGUAGAGUUCUAGGCUGCUAUGUUUGAGUCCAAGUUUUAAAAAACAUAACGUGAAGUCAUGGUUAUUGUUUCUAUUGGGGUUUGUACUGUGAAUCUAGCUUUCUCUUCCUCGAGGGGAAACACUGUGGGUAAAUAGAGAAAAGCGUAUUGUACUUUUUGCCUGUUUUAAUAUUAAAGAACAAUGACUGAG